CGCCAAAAACUUUUGUUUGGGAAAUUAAUAACAAAUCAUAAAAAAUGGCAAAAACAAGAGCAAAGCCGAAAGAAGAAACUCCAAAAACUACACCAAAGGUCAAAAAGCAAAUUACAAAGAAAAAGCAGCCUUCAAAGCCUGAGAGCAAAAGUCUACUAAAUAAAGUAUCAACAGAUUAUGUGAACAUUCAGUUCGGAAUUGAUGAAGCCUUCAAUCAUAAGAUUGUUACAUGGAAUGUUGCGGGAUUACGCGCUCUUUCUGAAAAAAACAAUGAUUAUUUUAUACAUGAAGAUGCUGAUAUCAUAUGCAUGAAUGAGUUAAAAUGCGGCAGUGAAGAUGACAUUCCUGAAUCUUAUAAGUUAACUGGAUAUCAUGCUUAUUGGAAUAUUAAAAAGGGAUCUAGUGGAGUUGCGAUUCUCAGUAAGGUAAAACCUUUGGAUGUCACCUUCGAUUUACCUGGAACAGAGUUUGAAGAUGAAAAACGACUCAUCACUGCUGAAUAUAAAAACUUCUUUUUGAUUUCUGUUUAUGUCGUCAAUGCUGGUCGAGGAUUAAAAACAUUGGAUAGACGCUUACGUUGGAAUGAAGUCUUUGAUGAUCAUGUUAAAAAAUUGGACAAGAAGAAACCUGUCAUCAUCGCAGGUGACAUGAAUGUUAGUCACCAAGAGAUUGAUCUUGCCAAUCCAAAAACAAAUAAGAAAAGUGCUGGCUUCACUCAAGAAGAACGAGAUGGUUUCACUGAGCUCUUGUCGUUAGGCUUUGUCGACACAUUCCGUCAUUUUAAUCCCGAAGAAGAAGGCGCUUACACUUAUUGGACUUAUAUGAAUAAAUGUCGCGACAGAAAUGUUGGAUGGCGACUUGAUUAUUUUCUUGUUUCUCAACGCUUUUUAAAACAUGUUAAAGCCAACGUCAUACGCUCCGCUAUCAAAGGAUCUGAUCAUUGUCCAAUUGUUCUUUUUAUGGAGUUAUAAAUUUUCUGUCUCCUAAAUGGUUUUUUGAGUUGAAGUUCAUGUUAUUUGUUCAAUAAAAAUAUUAAAUAAAUGUUGUUUACUAGAAGAAAACAAAA